UGGUUUCAGGAAGCUUCCACUAAUUCUUUAUCUCUCGGCUACCAAUGAUAUUGCAGUCUGUUGUUGCGGUUAUCGGUAUGAUCUAGUUUCGUCUUGUCAGAUUCAUAACAUUCGUAAAUUCAUGGCGCUCCACAUGAGUACGUGAUUUAUUAUUUGAAAUUAAAUAAUAUUUUUGCCUAGUUAAUUUUCAUUUUAGUGCAUUCCGAGCAAACAAAAUUCUAAUGAAAUGACGUGUUAUUUUGGACUAUACUUUGGUAAUUCCAACAUGUGCUUAGCUAUGCAUAAAGAUUCAAAAACAGAGGUAUUGGCUAAUGCAGCAGGUUAUCGAGUAACUCCAUCCGUGAUAGCUUUUAUUAAUGAAUCUGAAAAAGUUGUGGGUCUAGAUGCCAAGCAAGCUAUGAAUAAAAAUUCUACGAAUGUCAUUACUAACAUAAAAGAUUUAAUAUCCACUGAUGCAAAUGUAGAUCUCUCAGAUUAUCUACCCAAAGCUCAAUCUAAGGUAAACAACAAAAAUAAAGUUGAUCAGGAAAAAAAUGGAAUCAUUCCUGAAAAUGCACUCUCUGAUGUUUUGUCUAUUCUGUUUGAAAAUAUGAAAGAUAUUGCAUGCAGUCAUAGUCACGAAGAAGAAGAGUAUCCCACCAUUGUCACAGUUCCUUCUAAUUUCACUUCCAUGCACAGAUUACUCGUAAAAAAAGCUGUUAAUCGAGCUGGUUUUAAACUUCUGAGAAUUAUAAAUGAGUCUGCAGCUGCUGCUUUAGCUUAUGAUAUCGGUCAAGACUCUCAAGACACAACCUGCAAGUGCUUGAUAUAUCGCCUCGGGGGAACCUCACUUGAUGUAACUGUGUUAGACGUAAACAAUGGCAUGUAUAGUGUAAUCUCAUCUAUAUCAAGAAAAACACUUGGUGGUAAUCUUAUAACUAAUGCCAUUGUUGACUUCUGUGCCAAUGAAUUUAAAAGGCAGUAUAAAAUAGACUUGAAAGAAAGCAAACGCUCAGUUAUGAAAGUAAGAAUGGCAGCUGAACACUACAAGCAGGUUGUAUAUAGCUCCAUCAAUGAAAGAUGCCAAGCAGAAUCAGUAUACGAUGGAAUUGAUCUAAAUGUCAAUAUUAGCAAAGCCAGGUUUGAUUCGCUUAUUCACAGCACUUUACUGCAAUGUUUAGAACCUAUUCAAGAAGCUUUGAUGGCAGCUGAACUAACCGCUAACGAUAUAAACACAGUUAUUCUGUGUGGGGGCUCAUGUAAACUACCAAAAUUACAACAGCUUAUUUCCAAUCUUUUUCCAUCUUCCAAAAUAUUGUCAAGUAUUAGUCCUGAUGAAGUAAUUGCUGUUGGGGCAGCUAAGCAGGCAACUUUUGUGACACAACAUGUGAAUGAAGAAGAUUGUUUUGUAAAUAUGCUAACUAAAGAUUUAUUUUUAAAGUUAAUAGGUUUCUCCAAUUCUCCUGAAGAGCUUCUCCUAUGUAGCAAAGGGACUUUAAUACCAACAGUUGUCACACAAAGUUUUACAGCCACCCUAAGCUCCAAUUAUAAAGUUGAAAUUUAUGAAGGAAUUUCUGAAGCCAGUAGUCUAGUAGCAACAUUUAUCAUGCCAAAUCUACCAGAAGGAGAUGUAUAUUUUACAUUCUUUAUUAGAAGUGAUGGCUCCCUUACUGUUACCUGUGAAGAUUGUUCAUCUAAAGAAUUAGGAUCAGCAACAAUUGUACCUUCACGUUCACAGGAGUACACGUAGCAUUUAUAUAAAUUUUUUAAGAGUAUUUAUUUUUUAAAUAAAUUGAUAAAAUUGAA